AUGAAACAGAAAACAGACACUCGAGCAACAGGAGAGAAACUCAGUUUCCCAGAGUCAUUAGCUGCGGUGCGAGCAGGCCAACCAAUGAAACUGAUGUGUGGAGACAACUUCCUGUUUCGAGAUGUCAAGUUGAAGAAGGCGCCGCAUGAAUUACUGUCCCCAAACACUGUCCCCCGGAGACGAGAAGACACACAACUUCUGCAAAUGGCUCAAGAGGGCCAGGGUGAGACGUCCCAACACACGGCGAGCAGUGACGAAGACAAGGGGACAGGAACGCAGGUACGAACCCUCAAUCACUACUUGCAACUAUUGCAGACACGUGUUGUAACUUACGUCCAUUCUUUCACACAGGUGACCGCACGGCGCCUUUGGAAGAAAGUGUACGACGAGCUGGGAGGAAGUCCGGGCAGCACCAGCGCUGCUACUUGCACUCGCAGACACUACGAGAAGCUGGUGCUGGCCUUUGAACGCCACCUAAAAGGGGAGGACGACAGGCCGCUGCCUCCCAGCAAACCGCGAAAGCCAUAUAAGAGGAACAUGGAUGCCAAGGUCACCAAGGCCAAGAGGAAGAGGACUCCGUCGGACAUGGAUGUGGAUUCAGAGAUGGAGAUUCUCAGCCAGAGAAGUCCGGAGGCUGCCUGCCAAAGUGACGCGGCGAUGCAUCCUCACCCCGCUCUGUGGGCCCCCCCCUCGGACAGACUCCCCCCCGACGUCUCCCAGCCAAACCGAGCCGCCGCCGCCCUUUGCACGUCCGUCUACGCCCACCUCGUCCCGGUCCCCACGUCCAGUCCUUGGACCGCCCACGUCCCGCCUGCUGCCGGAGAGGUCAUCUCGCCUCUGGAGAAGAAAAAGCGAGUGGCUCAGGCGAGCCUUAACUUGCCCCCGAGUCCUCACAGCGAGGACAAAGAGCGUCCCUCCGUCAUUCACUGCUCCCCGUCUCCGGCGAGGGCUUCUUCCAGCCAAAACUGCAACUCCUCCAACAGCUCCCCGCUGCCUUUGUCCCCUUCGUCUUCCCGCAGCCCGUCCCCUUACUCGGUUUCAUCAGAGGACGGCCCUGAGGAGACUAAAGACAAACCUGCGUCGGACUCUGAACUACCCCUAAAGUGCUCUAGUUCUGGGAAAACUACAUCCAGCAGUGAGGAACGCAAGUUUGCGAGCUGUAGUCAGAAAUCCAAAGACCCUGCAGGACAGAGUAAAAACGUCCGCUCCCAAUCCGCAGAUUCCAUCAAACUCCAGAUUGAAGGCUCCGCCUGGAUGCCGAUCCACAAAGGGAGCGUCAAAUACGCCCCCCAUCCCUUCCACUUGCCCUCCUCCUUGGCUCUGAGAUCCGACUGGGCUCCAACAUCUACCUCUAGUUUCACCAAAGUUGUUCCUAAAUCCGUGCAGCUCCUGCGGCCCGCCCCCAUCCGGCCGGCGUAUAAAACCCCCCAGGGCAGGUUGCUGCAGCAGGACGACUCUCUGGCUUGUGCGAAGAAGCUGAGCAACAUGGCUCCAUGGCUAUAUCCUACAGAGAAGAGGGACAAAUCCAGGACAAUGCAACCAAAGGGUCCUUCAACGCAGCAGCAGCAGAGUCUGGCCCACUCUGCCGCCAACCUGCCGGCGUCCUGCGUCCAUCAGAGCUGCGACAAAUCAGGGAGAGAUUCCCGGCACCAGCCUUUACUACACCCUUCGUUCCUCCCCAACAGAAUGAGACUACCUCAAUCUCAGCUGACGUACCGCCACGUCCCAGUGAGUCCAGCUCACUCUGCUCUCAUUGGGUCUGAGGUUUACCCCUAUCCCUACUCCAUUCCUCUGUUAAACCCCCAGACCUGCUACACCCUACCUGCCGUGCAUCCCGUUUACUUUCACAAGCUGUGAUUUCCAUUGUAUGUUAACUCUAGACUUUCGUAACAAAAGAUGCAUCACAUGUGAUCUUGAUCUUGAUCAGAAGAAGGCAGACGUUGAGCAGUUUGGUCAACUUAUCUGUUUGUUUUUGUCUACCUUACGCCCUGAAAAGCCCUAAAAAGACUAAAGUCUGACACCAUCUCACAUCUAAAGACACUCUGUCAUACAGGCCCAAUCCCAAAGUGAGCCCUGAGGACUAAAGACUCAGACUUAAUUGAUCUCAGGUGCUAAGUGAGGGAGCUCUUCAUUCACUUCACGUUUAACUUCAGAUACAGUAUUAGGGGACCACUAAGGUCUAAAUAAAGAGACUUCAGAUACAGUAUUAGGGGACCAC